CUCCAAGGUUUCGCUCCUCGUCCUGGUCCCGGGCCCGGGAGGGCUUCGGGGCUGCCCGUCUCUUCUCGAGAGAUGGCGCCCUGCGAUCCGGCGGGCUUCCCCGGGGCGGCAAAGCUGGAUGCACGCCUCUGCGCUCGCCCCCUCCCCCCUUCCCUUCCUCCACCUUUCGCGCAGCCUCCUCCUCCCACCCAUCGCCGCUCCCUCUCCCUUCCCCCCCCAACCACCCAUCCCCACCCCAGCUCGUCCCGGCCCCCUCCAAAGCCAUGCCACUGGCCGCGAUCCUCUUCGCCUUUGAGCUGAUCCUGUAUGCGGUGACCGCGGCGCUGGUCAUCGCAUUGACCAUCAUCUCGGCUGUCGGGCUACUGGCCUCGCUUCUGAUCAAGCCGCCGCACUAUGCCCAUCGGAAACCCCACCAGGGCCUUGCCCCCAAAGGCCAGCCUCCCUUCGAUGAGGAUGCAUGGCUCCCAUACGAGGGCACCCCCAAGUCGGACUUUGGGCUGGACUUUGUGGAGGUGGAAUUCCCGGCCACGCCCCUGGUGCCGGAGUCCCGCCAGGGCCCGGUGCGCAUCGGCAACGACAUUUUCCCCGUCAUCGAGCGAUACGACGCGUCCGGCUCUCCAGUCCAGACCAAUCAGGCGUCAUUUACCCUGGGCAAGACCCCGGUGUCCAAGAUGCCUGGGCGCCGGGUGCGCACCGAGGUUGUGCCGACCCUGCGCGGCUGGCUCAUCAAGGGCCGCCAGGGCGUCUGGCCCGACCAGCGUGGUGUGGUUUGCGUGCACGGUGGCGGCCGCGACCGCCGAGAGUUCCACCGUAUGCUGCCCUUCCUGCAUGAGGCCGGCUAUUCGGUCUUGUUGUUUGAUCUGCGCGAGCAUGGCAUCAGUGACGGCACCGGGCGCGGCCUCGACUGGGGCCGAGAGAUGGUCUUCGAUGUGGAUGGCGCCGUCAAUUUUGUCAAGAGCCCGCUUGUCGGGUGGGACUACGUGGCCCUGGCUGGGACCAGCAACGGCGCUGCCCUGGCUGGCCUGGCCUGCGGGCUUGAAGAUGGCGCCAUGUGGCGUGCGGUCGCUCGGCCUCGGCCACUGAUCGAUGCGCUGAUCUUGGACUCGACGUACACUCGGCCGCGUGAUGGCAUGCGUGCGAUCAUGGAGACCGCCCUCGGGGAGUUCCCCUUCCCCUGGAUCAUGUCCAAGAUCACCCCCUGGCUGAUUCCGCUCGUGGUGGCCACCUGCCGGUCGCGCCUGCGCCUGGGCCAGCUUCAUCGCAAGCUGCGCAAGCUUACCUCUGUGGGUUUGGUCGACGUUCUCCCUUACACCCGGCCCCGGCCGACACUCAUCAUCCACGGCACCGCCGAUCGGCGUUUCCCGGUCCUGCAUGCGCAUGACAUCUUCAACGCGAUCCCGGCCAACCACCACCGCAAGAGCCUGCUCAUCAUUGAGGGCGGCCGCCAUGCGGAGACCUUCAACGUCGAUAGCGCAUCCUACCAGCGCAAGUUCCUUCAGACUCUGGCGCUGAUGGGCGGCACCAAGAGCCGGUGAGAAGUUCAUGCCCACAAGCCUGCAUGCGGCCACGUACCCGCCCCCGCCUGUCACACGUGUCCCCCUCCCCCUUCCUUGAGUC